CGCGCCAUGCACUGCCGCGCCUACGCCAAGGCGCUCCACUACAAGGAAGAAGAAUUCCGCAGCGGUGCCACAUCUCAAGUCGUAGAAGCUUUAAUUCACAUAAACAACAAACUACAGCAAAAGGAAGCCGCUGAGGGCUUGCUCGAAAGAGUGAUGGCCCAACGAGAGGCUGGCGACACCAAUCUCAAAGUACAAAUACGAUGGUACGAAAAGCUCCACAACUGGGAGAAAGCGCUCCACCUCUAUGGAGAAAAGUUGGCCGUAGACAACGACAACAUGGACGCGUAUCUCGGCGAGUUACGUUGCUUCGAAGCUUUAGGAGAGUGGGUCAAACUGUACAAUACAGUGUCCAAACGGUGGACUAAUAUGACAGACGAUGACAAGUACAAAGCGGCGAGACUGGCCGCCGCGGCCGCCUGGGGUCUGAAAGAAUGGGACUCCAUGGCAAAGUAUGUGAGCUUCCUACCAGAAAACACUCAAGAUGGGGCAUUCUAUCGCGCAGUCCUCAACAUCCAUAAUGGUCAAUUCGAUUUGUCAAAAUUAUACAUCGAUCAAGCUCGCACGUUAUUAGACUCGGAGCUGACCGCCGUAGCCGGCGAGAGCUACCAGCGAGCGUACGGAGCUCUGGUGAACGCCCAACUGCUGGCCGAGCUAGAAGAAGUGAUCAUGUACAAACAAGUGAGCGAACGGCGAGAAUGCAUCCGCCAAGCUUGGUGGACCAGGCUCCAGGGCGGACAGAAAUUAGUCGAAGAUUGGCGUAAAAUACUGCAGGUUCGCAGUUUGGUUUUGACACCCCACGAGGACAUGGCCACGUGGCUGAAAUUCGCAUCGCUCUGCCGAAAGAGCGGGGCCCCGCGCCAGGCCCACCGGACGCUGGUCAUGUUGCUGGGAACGGACCCGAGCAAGGAUCGGGACUUGCCGCUGCCGACUCACGAGCCCAGGUUGACGCUCGCGUACGCCAAGCACCUGUGGGUGGCCGUCGACAAGCAGCUGGCGUACGACCAGCUGCAGCGCUACGUGGAGAGCGCGGAGACCGGCGACCCGGAGCAGUGCCGGCUGCUGGCGCGCUGCCACCUGAAGCUGGGCUCCUGGUGCGAGGCGCUGCUCGGGAUCAACGAGCUCUCGAUCCCCGAGAUCCUGCGCAACUACGCGUCGGCGACCGAGCUGGCCGCCGACUGGUACAAGGCGUGGCACGCGUGGGCCUACAUGAACUUCGAGACGGUGCUGUUCUACAAGCACCGGGAGACGAGCGCGCCGCCGGAGUGCGUGGCGCUGCACACGGUGCCGGCCGUGGAGGGCUUCUUCAAGUCGAUAAACCUGUCCCACGGCAGCUCGCUGCAGGACACGCUGCGCCUGCUGACGCUGUGGUUCGACCACGGCCACCAGCCGGCCGUGCACGAGGCGCUGGUCGAGGGCAUCCGCACCAUCGAGAUCGGCGUGUGGCUGCAGGUCAUCCCGCAGCUCAUCGCGCGCAUCGACACGCCAAGGGCUCUGGUGGGCAAGUUGAUCCACUCGCUGCUGAUCGACAUCGGCAAGUCGCACCCGCAGGCGCUGGUGUACCCGCUGACGGUGGCGUCCAAGUCGUCGUUCGUGGCGCGCAAGAACGCCGCCAACCAGGUGCUGAAGUCGAUGUGCACCCACUCGAGCAACCUGGUGAACCAGGCCGCGAUGAUCUCCGAGGAGCUGAUCCGCGUGGCCAUCCUGUGGCACGAGCAGUGGCACGAGGCGCUGGAGGAAGCCUCGCGAUUAUACUUCAGCGAGCACGACGUGAAGGCGAUGUUUAAGACUUUGGAACCUCUCCACGCGAUGCUCGAGAGAGGCCCUCAGACCACGAAGGAGGUGUCCUUCACUACGGCGUACGGAAGAGAUUUGGGCGAUGCCCAAGAAUGGUGUAAUCGAUUCAAGGAGUCGGGCUCGGUCCGCGACCUGAACCAGGCGUGGGACCUGUACUACCACGUGUUCCGGCGCAUCAGCCGCCAGCUGCCGCAGCUGACGUCGCUGGAGCUGCAAUACGUGAGCCCGCGCCUGCUGCACUGCCGCGACCUGGAACUCGCGGUGCCCGGCUCCUACGUGCCCGACCAGGACCUCAUCCGCAUCGCGCACAUACAGAGCAGCCUCCAGGUCAUAACGUCCAAGCAGCGGCCACGCCGACUCUGCGUCCGCGGGUCCAACGGCAAAGACUACAUGUUCCUGCUCAAAGGACACGAGGAUCUUCGGCAAGACGAGCGGGUCAUGCAACUGUUCGGGCUCGUCAACACGCUACUGCAGGCCGACCCGGAUACUUUCCGGAGGGACCUGGCCAUACAGAGAUACGCAGUCAUCCCGCUGUCUACGAACUCCGGUCUGAUUGGCUGGGUGCCGCACUGCGACACUCUGCACUCACUGAUCAGGGAUUAUAGAGAGAAGAGGAAGUGCCUGCUCAAUAUUGAACACAGGAUUAUGCAGCGAAUGGCUUCGGACUUGGAGAGGCUGAUGUUGAUGCAAAAGGUGGAAGUUUUCGAGCACGCGCUCGAGCACACAGCCGGCGACGACCUCGCGAAACUCCUUUGGUUAAAGAGUCCCUCCUCCGAGGUGUGGUUCGAGCGGCGCACCAACUACACGCGCUCGCUGGCAGUCAUGAGCAUGGUGGGCUAUAUCCUCGGCCUGGGCGACCGACACCCCUCCAACAUCAUGCUGGAUCGGGUCACGGGGAAGUUCCUGCAUAUCGACUUCGGAGACUGCUUCGAAGUGGCAGUGACGAGGGAUAAGUUCCCGGAGAAGAUUCCGUUCAGGUUGACGCGGAUGCUGAUCAAUGCUAUGGAGGUGACCGGCAUCGAGGGCACAUACCGGCGCACGUGCGAGUCCGUUAUGGAAGUGCUGCACCGACACCGCGACAGCGUCAUGGCCGUACUUGAAGCCUUCGUGUACGACCCUCUACUCAACUGGCGUUUAGUCGACGCUGCGAGACGUUCCCGAGCCGACGACGAUGCGUCGCCCGCGCCCGCGCCCGUCACCCCCGCACCGCCUGAACCCAGCCUCAAUAAACGAGCCCUAGCUAUCGUGAAUCGAGUGAGAGACAAACUAACCGGACGAGACUUCCCGCAUAUCGAUGAGGCGCUCACCGUGCACAAACAAGUCGACCUGCUCAUACAACAGGCCACCAGUAACGAGAACCUCUGCCAGUGCUACGUCGGCUGGUGCCCAUUCUGGUAAGAUGGUAACCGCGAGCGAUGGCCGCAGCAACAUUCUGAUAGCCCGGUAGCCGCGCCACGCGCCUCGAUCCCGUGCCAUGAAAAGACGCUCAAAACGACUCAAACAGCUUGAGACUAGUUGCAUUUUAAUAUUUUGAACGCUCACAGACUGGAAGCUUUUCUUGAGCAUACUUGAGUGUCGUUCCACGGUACGGGCUUUAGACCCGUAUUACGAAAUGUCGAUCAAAACCCGAUUCAAAUCAGAAUCAUUAAUUGAUACUUGAAUUUCAUUAUUUGGACAAAUCACAGACUACUUUGAAUUGAGGUUUGAACGUUGUUUCGUGAUACGGGCCUUAGUGCCUUAACGACACACUUAUGAACAUCGUUCUAUAGAAACGAAGCAUAAAUGUGUUCAGAAACGAUACGUUUUGCCUACGUACAGUUAAAUUUUGACCUAUAUGUCACUAAAUAUAAUAUUAAUUUCACUGUUUGAAGACAAAUCAAAUAGUUUUUGGAAUAUACAAACGUUGAAAAAUCAAUAACAGUGACGUGGAAAUAUAUGAUCUACAAAAAAGGCAAUCAAUCUACCCUGAAUUUAGUAAAAGCAAGACUAGAAUACUAGUUCAUUGAAUGGGUUAAUAAACUGGAGUACUAUGGUAAUUGCCAUGACACAUUCUCUAACAAGCAGACGACUCAAUUUGUGUUAUCACUGUUCAUCUACCUAUUCAUCGUAACUGAAUGUGACGUUAUAGCUUACUAGUCGUAAUUUUGCUUGGAUUAUUUUAUUCUUCGACAGGUUGAUUAAAUAAUUCACUGUAAGAAACUUGCAUUCGAGUGCAUGCUUUGAUGGUAUAUGAUAUUCUUAGCAAAUAUAAGUGAAUAUGUAUAAAUAUAAUGGUUUUAUGUUUAAACCAUGCCUAUGCCAAGGGUGUAAAGUACGAGUAUAUGUAGUUAAUUUACUCGAGCUAUUCGAAGAAAAUAUGCACCUAGGGUGGAUAUUUCAUUGUAGCACAGACUUGGCCAACCUAUGUGCUCGUUUGAACUGCGUAACUAUUUACUUUGUUAGUCAAAAUUAAAAUAACUUUUAAGUCAUGUUUGUACAAACGCGGAGCACGGCGUUAAACUGGUUCCCAUUCAAACAGGCCUUCAUAAAAGGACUCCGCGAAGCAACCAACAUGUGUCACGUGAGAGUGAAGUAUCAUAUCCUAUGCCAUUUGAAACCAAUUUUCACGCCUUGUUUUGAGCUUGUCGUGAGCUCCUAAGCACCAUAACAAACAUGCUAGUUUUAGAGCCUCUAACCAUAAAAUAAAACUUUAAAGUCCAGUUUUUAAUUCUCGUCAGAUUUGCAACCUAUUUGGGUAAAUUUGACAUUAACUGUAAACUUAUUGCUGAGUAAAAAUACAAUAAUAAUUUAAAUCACUCCCAGUAGCCAGUGACUUUGUGGACCUUACUCGCCAGUGCAGUGGCGCCAACUGAUAAGUACAAAUACUAUUAUUACUAAUUUUGAUCCAUAUAUUAUUCUAAUACAUAAUGACAUUUUAGUCAGUCGCGCCCUGCGGGACAGUCCAUCCCAAGAAAAAGGUGAAAAUGGCAGGCAGUUACUGACUCAUAUUAAAAACUGGACAUACAUCUCCGCAUUUUUGAAGCAUUCGAAUUUCAACAUAAGAUUACUGCAGAUUUGUAUGCGAAUUGGAUUCGAAUACUUGUGAAAUAUGAGACAUUAUAAAGCCCGAGCCUUGUCGUGAGAAGUAAUGGUUGACGCAGUGUACUUCCUUUUAGUUAGAGGCUGACAUGUGCUACGGGUCACCAAUUGAUUUUUUAUGUUUUCUAAAGUAGGCCAAUUUAAAAAAAAACGGCGUAGUUUUCUCUAAAUUGAUUCUUUCUUUAUACUACCUAUGUAUUUUUUAUUUGCAAUACUUCAUGAUUUCUCCUAUGGUUUUGAAAUGUUCCUAUGACGAAAUUUCUCACUUUCAGCGAGGGCUAUUAUUGUAGAAUAAAAGGAUAUGAUAUGUAUUUGAUUUAAAAUCUAUUGGUGGCAUUAGUUAGCACAUGUCUUCUUCUUAAUUGAGUAUAAAAUAUAUCGAUAAAAUGUUUGUGCUGCUAUGAUAGUUAUACUAUACCUAUAUGUAUGAUGGUUAAUAAUAUUAGUUAUUAUUUAGCCAUGAUUUAAUGUAAAAAUUGUUACAUAUUACGUUGAGUUAAUGGUCAUUCUAAGUCAUAUUUACAUGCAGCAUGUAUAUCUAAACUGAUAAUUUUAUUGAUAAGUAUGCAUAUUAUAUUGGAAUUAGAUUAUAAUUAUUUUGAUUAGAAUAUAAUUUACACAUUAUUAUUAAACUUAUAAUACUUAAGAGCUUUCAGUGUCAUUUUAAAUCUUAACAUUGGAAUUCUUGGGUCAUAAUUUACGUAUAAUGUAUAUUUCUUUAAUUUACAAAACCUGGGUUUAGUUAAGCUCGAACGCAUUUUUGCUGUUGUCAUUGAUGUUUGUUUAAAAUAAAAUAAAAGAUGAUUCCAAUGAA